GGCGGCCCGCGGGCGGGUCGCCUCCCCUCCCGCAGCCCACACCCCUCUUAAAGCGGCGGCGGGAAGAUGAGGCUUCGGGAGCCGCUCCUGGGCGGCAGCGCCGCGAUGCCGGGCGCGUCCCUGCAGCGGGCCUGCCGCCUGCUCGUGGCCGUCUGCGCGCUGCACCUGGGCGUCACUCUCGUCUACUACCUGGCUGGCCGCGACCUGAGCCGCCUGCCCCAGCUGGUCGGAGUCCCCACGCCGCUGCAGGGCGGCUCGAACGGCGCCGCCGCCAUCGGGCAGCCCUCCAGGGAGCUCCGGUCUGGAGGGGCCCGGCCGCCGCCUCCUUUAGGCGCCUCCUCGGAGCCGCGCCCGGGUCGUGACUCCAGCCGCGGUGCGGAUUCUGGCCCUCGCCCCGCGAGCAACUUGACUGCGCUCCCACUGCCCCGCACCACGGUGCUGCCCGCUUGCCCCGAGGAGUCCCCGCUGCUCGUUGGCCCCAUGCUGAUCGAGUUUAACAUGCCUGUGGACCUGGGGCUUGUGGGGAAGCUGAAUCCGAAGGUGAAGGUGGGUGGCCGCUAUACCCCCAAGGAAUGUGUGUCUCCUCACAAGGUGGCCAUCAUUAUUCCAUUCCGCAACCGGCAGGAGCACCUCAAGUAUUGGCUAUAUUACUUGCACCCAAUCCUACAGCGCCAGCAGCUGGACUAUGGCAUCUAUGUUAUCAAUCAGGCUGGAGAAUCUAUGUUCAAUCGUGCUAAGCUCCUCAACGUGGGCUUUCGAGAAGCCCUGAAGGACUAUGACUACAACUGCUUUGUGUUUAGCGACGUGGACCUCAUUCCAAUGGAUGACCAUAACUCCUACAGGUGUUUCUCACAGCCGAGGCACAUUUCUGUUGCAAUGGAUAAGUUUGGAUUUAGCCUGCCUUAUGUUCAGUAUUUUGGAGGUGUAUCCGCUCUAAGUAAACAACAGUUUCUCAGCAUCAAUGGAUUUCCUAAUAACUACUGGGGUUGGGGAGGAGAAGAUGAUGACAUUUUUAACAGAUUGGUUUUUAGAGGCAUGUCUAUCUCUCGCCCAAAUGCUGUGGUUGGGAGGUGUCGCAUGAUUCGCCACUCAAGAGACAAGAAAAAUGAACCCAAUCCUCAGAGGUUUGACCGAAUUGCACACACAAAGGAGACAAUGCUCUCUGAUGGUUUGAACUCACUCACCUAUGAGGUAUUGGAAAUACAGAAAUACCCAUUGUAUACCCAAAUCACAGUGGAGAUCGGGACACCAAGCUAGCGUUUUGGUACGCGAAUAAGAGACCUGAAAAUAGCCAGGGACCCUCGCUGUGUGUCUCUGCCAAUCUGCUGGGCUGGUCCCUCAUUUUUACCAAUCUGAGUGACAGGUCCCCUUCGCUCAUCAUUCAGAUGCCUUUCCAGAUGACCGGGACAAGUGACAUAUUUUGCCUCCAACUUGGCUUGGCAUGUGACUUCUUAGCUCUACGAGGCUUUUGUCAUUAUAGAAACUGUCAGCCUUUGAGGGCCAUUCUUGACGUGUUCACAGUGUCACCCCAAAGAGAACUGUACACAGCCCAAAAUUUGGUGACUGUGGGACUCAUUUCCAGUGAUAAUACUGCUAAAUUGUUGUGAAAUAGGACAGACUUUCUCUAAAUUAUGGUGUUUUCAUUACUGAAUGAAAAAUGGGAGAGUGCUGCUAAAAUUGGGUUGGUGUGAUAUUUUUUGGUUAUCAUAUUUUAACAGAAAAACACAAAAUUUCAGUUAUUUCAUGCCCCCCCAGCUUCUUUCAGUGGUAUGCAACUAUUACAAUCACUUUGUGUGUGUGUGUGUGUGUGUGUGUGCGUGUGUGUCUGUCUGUCUGUCUGUCUUAGAAAAAGAAUUUUAGAACUUGAGCCUUGGACCUUUUGUCCUGCUUAUGUGUGAAUUCCAAGGUAACUUCAGCCAACAGAGCAAAAGCCUUGGGUAUUCGCACAUUCAGUGGUCUCUCUCCAGACUGUCUGAUUUCUGAAUGUAAAGAUUUUUUUAAUAGCAGUUUGUAGUAUUUUAAAGAAAGAAAAAAUUGAGUUCUAAUAUGAUCUAGCUUGAUUUUGUGUUGAUCCAAAUUUGCAUAGCUGUUUAGUGUUCAGUCAUGACAAUUUAUUUUUCUUGGGCAUGCUAUGUAAACUUGAAUUUCCUGUGUAUUUUUAUUGUGGUGUUUUAAAUGUAGAGAGGGGAUUGAGCAUUUUUUUAGGGAAAAAUAAUAAUGUAUGCUGUAGUGGCCACACAUAGGCCUAUGAUUUAGCUGGCAGGCCAGGUUUUAUGAAGAGCAAGAUCACCUUCUGGUCCCUUGGCAGGCAGGGCCUUCCAGUCAGCAUUAUCCUGCCAGACCUCUGGGACAGAGACCUGGGAGACACAAGCCUGCAGAACUCCCCCUCUCCCCUGGUGGGCAGGGUGGAGGGAACCUCAACCUCCUUGGACUGACCCCUCCUCAGGGCCCUAGGCUGUGGGGUUGUAAAUAACAGCAUAACACGACCAGGUUGUUUACCAGCCCUUCAUACCUCCCCCAGGUGGAGGGAACCUCCUUUCUGGCAGCUGGGGCCACCUCCCUGGGAGGCUCUGCCAGCUACACUCCCCAGCCCACACUGCAUUACCAGUUCUCCUUCUUCCUCCUUCCUCGCUUGGCCUGUCUUUCUCCUUCCUUCCUCUCCCUUUUUGUUCCUUUGCCUCUUGCCUGUUCCCUAAAACUUGACUGUGGCACUCAGGGUCAAACAGACUAUUCAUUCUCCAGCAUGAAUGUGCCUUUUAAUUAGCAAUCUAGAAGGAAGUUCAGCGGAACCCACACCCCAACUCCCUCCCAAGAACUCUGGUGCCUAAAGCCUCCCAUUCCACCUCAGGUUUUUAGCAGGUGCUCCCACCCCAGUGAGGCUCAUCCACAGGGAUGUCUUUCGUAAGCCCACCUCUGCUGGGAGACAUUUAGCCACCUAGGGUGAGAUGGCACGAGGCACUUCCUUUGCUGAGUACCUUGGCCAGGUCCAGCCUGGGCAGAGGUCCUGAAACUCCGCUGCCUAAUCACAGGGUUGAGCCCUCUGCUCGUGGCCGACCCCAACCACUGCCCUCCUGGGCACCAGCCCUUAGUGUGGAGGCUGGGCGGGUGCCUGGCCCUGGUCUUAUCUGUGCCUUUAAUGCUUCCAGCAUCUCACAUGGUAACUUGGUUCUCUUUCCAGAAGCCUUUGUAUUGGUUAAGAAUUAUUUUCUACUGCAGAAGCAGCUGGGCUAUGCAAAAAGUAUUCCUCUGUCAGUUCCCCACUCUGUAAUAAGAAUGUUAUUAAAACCAGGAAAGACUGCACUAAAGAGAGGGUGUUGGGAAAUGCAAAGAAUGAAGGCCUCUCUGUCCCCAGAUUCUGACUUUUCCAAAGUGCCUUAAAAGAAAGGAGACAAAUGCCCUGAGUGGUAACUUCCCUGUUACUUACUUUACUCUUAAAACAGAAUUCUACCUUUUCUUUUUUCUUUCUUUUUUUCAUUACGUUUUUGUUCAUAUCAAGUAUUUGGCUCAUUCUCAGAACCAAGGGAAAUACCGCUUCACCCGUCCCCCCAUUUGCUGACCUUUCAGUGCACUCGGGCGGGGGGGGGGGCGAGGCACGUUAGGCCUGGACACUUGCCUGGGCCACGAGGUGCUGCGGGCCCUCUUUCCUCAGUAGGGGCUGCCAGGGCUGAGGGUGCGGGGAGCAUUUCUUUCACUUGGGAGUUAUGACCAUGAUGUUGUCAUGUGCUGUGCCUUUCUCUGUUCCUGUCCAUCCCAUUGCUGGUGAUGCUGUGUGAUGUGGCCUUUGGGAAAGGUCAGAGGACAGAGGUGGCACAGGAGGGGAAAGGCAAUGCUGCACUGGCCCUCAGCCUGAGCAGGGUGUCUGCUGACCGCUGGGCUGGGCCUGGGGGGGCCCCACACAGCCAGGAUGACAGCUUUCGUGUCCUACAGACUUGUUGUGCUAUGUAUUUUGAUUUCCUGUGUAUGCAAAUGUGUGUAUUUACCAUUGUGUGUUGGGGGGGAAUUUGACCUUGGUGUUCAAAACAGAAGUGUAUUUUUACCUUUAAAAUCUGGUAAUAUAACGUGAAUAAAUGACCCUAUCUUUGUAACCACAAA